AGUUUGGGCUAGGUAAGGCCCUGUGCUGUACUAAAUAUGUUCAGUUUUCAAGACUAUGUUUUAGGUACAGACCUUGACAGCUGUGCCAGCCAGCUUCAGGUGACAGGACUGCAGUCAUAUUUAAGGAGUCAUGAAGAAGGUUCCACGAAAUCCUCAAACAGCAGAGAAUCUCCCACUGCGACGCAGCAUGGCCCCGUGAAAAGGAAUGAUGUCUCCAUUGCACUCACUGGUUCGAUUACUCCCACAAAACACUCACCUAGACCGGUCAGUGCCUCGAAGAGAAAGAAUACAACUGGAUCGCCAAGGACGCAUAAGGAACAAACCUUUGAAAUUGAAGUAGUUGGCAGUAAUAGUAGUAUAUGCGGAGAGAAAAUGUGGUUGCCAAGCACUUCCAGACAGGAACUCAAUGGGACUGAAUCAUCUGAGAGUCUCAGUUCUUCUAAAGUUAAACAUAAUGGAGGUGGAUUGCAAAACUCUCACAUAAAGCACAACGAUAACACUGCAGCGUUCAAAAAGCACUGUUCAUCUGCAGGUCAACGUAGAGGCGAGUUGUCGAGCACACCAAGAGAAUCAAUUUGUGGCAAGGAAGCAACUGGCAAUAAGAAUUCAUCUAUAGGGAAACCGACACUCCAUUUGGUGAAUAUCCCAACAGAAGGAACACGUGAAAAAGAAACAAUUAGCAACGACAGUCUCUCUAAAGGUAAAGAAAGAAUGCAGUUGUUGAGUACUUCUAGAUUACAAGGACUUAAAACGGAAGAAAUAACUAAACAAAAUCUUUCAGAACAAAAACACACUAUAAAACAACGUCCAAAACAGAACCAAACUGUAAAAUGUCUAGAGAAAAACAUUCAUGAACAUGAAAUAUCAAAACACAGUUCAAAUGUAGCAGAAUGUCUUAAACAAAUAUCUACAGCGAGACAUUUAGAGCAGAAACCUGCAGAAAACCCUGUAGAAAUAAUGUGUUCCAUGUCCGCUAGUAUAGAACAGAGAUCCACAGCGGAGCAACAUUUGAAACAAAGUCCUACAGCAGAACAACAUUUGAAACAAAGUCCUAGAGCAGAACAACAUAUGAAACAACGUCCUACAGCGGAGCAACAUUUGAAACAAAGUCCUACAGCAGAACAACAUCUGAAACAAAGUCCUACAGCAGAACAACAUUUGAAACAAAGUCCUACAGCAGAACAACAUUUAAAACAUACAUCAGCUGUAGAAGAAUGUUCGAAUCAAAAUUGUACUAUAGAACAAAGUUUAGAACACCAUCUAGCAGCCAGUUAUACUGUAGAACAGUCCACUAGAAGUACGAAGACUGUCACGUGUUCAAAAGAUGAUCAAGCGUCUGUUCGACGUAACAAAGGAUAUGUCAACUCAAAUUCAGCCUUACAAGAUGGAAAUGUCACGAACAUUCACUCUCAAAGCAGUCGCCGUGAAUGCACUGAAAAAGAAUACAUUAAGCCAGAUACUCAGUCACAUUCUUGUGAUCGCCCAGUGGAUACAUGUGUUCAAUUACCGUGCGAAAUGCAGCGUCCUCUAGUGGUAGGCAAAUGCCUUGAAGACCGAGACACGACAGAUGUACACACCAAGGGCGUUGAUGACCUGCAUCACACGGUCCGAUCACUCCAACGUCCAGCUUACUCAACACAUUUAGACAGCAAUUCCAGCAGAUUUUCUGUAGGAUGCUGUACAAACGCCACACCACAAGUUGUACUGCCCUCUAAUGGAACGUCAUUACAACAGUUUAGUAGUUCCAGAUCAACGUUGACGUCACUACCAGAAAAAACAAGGGAGAGAACUACAAUGCCCGGUACUUCAGUCGAUGCAUGUCAGUCUGGGAAAGGAAGUACAGAAAACAACCGUGGACAUCUUAAUGACAUCGCUGACGAUGUACAGCACCACAAAGAAAGCUUCUCGGUACAUGGUGUCAGCAGUGGGAAGCACGUUGGUGAAGUGCUUGAAAAUAAAGUAACAGAUGGCAUGUGUUCAGAUAGAGUGACUAAGGCGAAACAAUACUCUUUAAAAUGGUCAAAAGGGAGAAGUUUAAAUACUGCAAACCAUGAACCAGAUAACACGAGUGCAAUGGACAAGCACCCUCUCCACAAAGAUCAGAUAAAUAACGAAGUACACCAGUCAUGGAAGAUGUCGUCAUCUAAUCGGUAUAAAGACUUGAAACAAGAAACGUCUGUUAGUGGCAGACUGUUUGAUGACAAUGCCACAGAAAAGCUGCUUUCGCGUUCUAGACACUUUAAGGAUGAGAUUUGUGUUGAACAUCAGAGUCAAAAUGACGGGCCACCGACUACAGUUGAACAGAAAGGCAACAAAAGAAAAAUUACCGAAACAAACAGUAUGGUACGACAAACCAGUUCCACGACAACAACAUUUUAUGCAGUAAAGAAACUAGUAGCGAAUGAAAACGUUGAAAGUUGCAAAAGAAAGAAUGCCACUGAACCCGGUUUCUGGUGUGGACACCUAUGCUCCCUAAAGUCUCAGACUUCUGUUAAAACAGGUUCGCAAAAGAAUAAAUCCAUCGACUGUAGUUUAACGAGUGUGCAUGCGAAUCAACGGGCUCAAAAGACUGAGGACCACCUUGAAGAAUGUCUGGAAGGAACUAACACCACUGACUCUAGCCGUAUAAGAAAUGUACGCGAACCACAAUACUGUCCAGAUCACGAUGGUAACAAAGGAAAAGGUCUGAGUCUGAACAGAAGGGCUGAGCCUGGUCAUGUGAUGAGCUUACACGAGGUACCGAGAUAUAGAGACUUCAGAAAUGAUACAAAUUCAGCCACUCUGGAUAACACGGGAGACUCCUCCGAUCCAUCCAGUGAUGACAAUCACCCACUAGCAGGCAAUCCAAAAUGUCUAAAGUCAUUACCAGGUUUAUUACUACGUCAAGGACCAUCAGUACUAUACGUUCCCAAUAUUGACUUGAUGUAUGACAAAUGGAAGCGAAAGAAAUGCAAAAAGAACAGAAAGAAGAGGAGGAGGAGGAAACGCAAGAAAUCUUCUAGAACAAAUACUGGAUCUAGUAGUUCGAGUGGUACUGGCAACUCAACGUCUGAGGACGAUUCCAAACCAUCUAAACUGCUAGCCAGAACAAAACGUGUAAGACAUCAAAUACGGAAAAAGCGAAGAUAUUUAAGGAAACUGAGCAUCAAAAAGGUACGUUUCUCUCAUUCAGAGUCCGAUACACAAAACGAAGGUAUGGACUCAAAAAGAUUUGGAUCAACUCUGAACUUGUCGGCAGCCACUUCUGAUUCGAGUUCGAAAUACCCACACAUAUCAUACAAUGACCAGCUAAGCCCUGGUCGUGAUGCAAAUGGUUCUAGGUUGAUGAGUUUAGGGAAGGGUCGAAAGUCAUCUGGCAUUUUGUCGUUGCAAAGUCCCAAAUGCGAACAAACUUCCACUUUGUUUUCAACGAAAACUAUGAUCUUUUUUGAACGAACCAACAACAGAAGGCGAUUAAGCAAUCUUCCCAUCACCAAUAGCACACCAAAACUGAAUCAAACAACGUUCAUAGCGUCUAAUGGGGGCACAAAGGAAGAGAUGUCUUGGCAUUUGUGGAGAGAGGAUCUUCUAAAAGAGCCUUUCAAACCCUCCUUAGUCCAAGGACAAGUGCCAGGGAGAUGUCAGAUCCGCAAACACAAGGGUGCCGCAUUAACGAAACUGCUUCCCAAGCUGCUGGAUGACAGGACCCUGCGGUUAAAGACAAUUAAUCAGAUCCCGGACAUGUCCAGUAGCGAUAUGUUCCCUGCAUUUAGAAUACGCAAUCGUCCUUCGUGGCCAAGACUAAUGGAAAAACCCAGUGUCAAAGAGACAUUUCUACCCAGUGGACACUUGGUAUCAUUGGCAGGAGCCACGUCUAUGCCAGACAGUUCAAAACACAACUUGAAGACUGAGCGCAACCAACCACGCGUGCACAGUGCAUUAAGAAACCGGCCGUCUACUAGUGGAAUGACUCGCCACAGAAAAAAAAAAAAAAGAAAAAGUCUGUUGUGGAAAAAAAGAAAAUAACAUCUUGAUAUUCGGCGAACGUUUGAGCAAUCCGAUUCUGCGGCACAACCACAGAGAGAAAGCUACUGGAAAGAAACGUGUAUCCUGUUCCCCGUUUUCAUGUCCUAGUCAGACUUCCACAAGGUCAAGGUUAUGCAGAGUAUAGUACGGACGAGACUCAUAGUGUUCGGGAGAAACAAUCUCCAGAAAAAACAUACCGUGCAAUAGAAAAAUUAUUAUAACCCCUUGCGUUAACAAAAAACUAUUUACUUUUUUUUAUAACAUUAUCUAUAGAUCAUUUCACAAGACUAAUUUUAAAUGAUAAAACAUUAUGUAAACGGUGUUUCUAGUUUGUUGUAGCAUAUGUAAUAAAUAUCUUUUUAAUGA